CAUAUGAAUAAAAAAAAAAAAAUUAUAAUGUGGUAAUUUAAAUUUAAAAAAUUAUUUGUCAGAUUGAAUUAUUAGAAUGUUACAAAAUCAUAAAAAAAUAUGUUUACCAGAUCAAAGUAAAUGCCAACCUUUGAUACCAAUGAAAUGGGUUCAAGAAUACAAAGACUCUUUGAAGACCAAGGCUGAACAAUUAUUAUUGAAAGGCUUCCCUGAGAAAAUUGUCAAGCUCAAUGAACUUUUGGAAACACCAAAUUUUUGCAAUCGCAAUUUAAAUGAAGUUCAUCAAGAGCUCAAUAUUCCAGUACCAGAUCCAAUUGCACUUAACAAUUCUGAAGAUGGAUUAAAACGUAAAAGAAUAAAAUUGGAAAAUGAUGUUGAUGAUGAAGCUGGUACUAAAGUCAUGAUUUUACCAUCAGGACCAAUACCAUGCAACAAGCCACUUUGUGAAAUGAUUAGUGUUGUUAAACCAUACAUUAUUCAACUUCUUGAAGAUUCAAAUUUGUUGAAAAUGUGGAUUUCAUUUAUGAUUCCAAAGAUUGAAGAUGGCAACAAUUUUGGUGUAUCAAUUCAAGAAGAUACACUUGCUGAAAUUCAAUCAGUUGAAAGUGAAGCUGCUGCAUUUUUUGAUCAAAUAUCUAGGUACUUUGUAUCAAGAGGCAAAAUAUUGAGCAAAGUUGCUAAAUAUCCUCACAUUCUUGACUACAGAAGAGCUGUUCAAGAAAUGGAUGAAAAAGAAUAUACAAGUCUUUGGCUUGUCAUGAGUGAAGUACGUAAUCGUUAUUGUUCACUUCAUGAUUUGGUUAUCAAGAAUCUUGAAAAAAUUAAGAGACCACGUUCAUCAAACAAUGAAUCUUUAUACUAAAAUUCAAUAACAACAUAAUUUUUAAUAAACAAGUACAAUAUGAUGGAUAAAAAACAACAACAUAACAACCAACCGUAUCAGUAUGGACAAAAGUUGUACAGCACGUUCAAUAAAAAUAAUAUGUGCUUGAAUUUUCAUCUCAUGUUCUUAAUAAAAUCAUGAAUUAUUUGCCCCCAAUUUAAUUUAUUUAUCAUGCCAAUGCCAAAGCAUUUCAUCGAACUGUUUUUUUUUUUUUUUUUUUUCUUUCUAUUUUCUCAAUUUUCAAUUUUUAAAAAGAAAAAAAAAUUGAUUGUAAUAAUUGGCAUAUAUUCUUUGAUUGAUUUAACAUGUUACUUAAAAAAUUUUCCAUUAUCUGUAGUUUUGAAUAAUUUUUUUCAUUUACAUCACAAUUAUUGUUUUUUUUUUUUUAUCAACAUUUAAUAAUAAAACAUUCAAGUAAUAAUUUUUUAAUUUAAUUUUUCAUAUUUAAUCCUUAUCCAUUAGUUGGUAAUUAUUUUUAAUUUAAAAAGAAACUCAUUUAAAAACUUUUUUAUAUAUAUUUUUUAUUUUACAAAAUGUUUGUAUAUAAAAAUUAUUUAUAUGAUUUUUUCAGGUAUAAAAAUUCAUUAACAUUAUUAUAAAUUUUCAACAAUUGUUAUUAUAUUGGAAGGAUGAUAGCUUAUUUAAAUUAAAAACAAACAAUUGUUUUAAAUAAUAAUUGGAUAUGAAAAUUAUUAUAAUAAAUCAGUAAUUGUUUAAUUAAAUUAAACAAAA